GGUGUUUUAUUAGAGCAUGUCGCUUAUCAAAACCAUUGGCGGGCUGGAGAUUCACCCAUUCCCUCCCAAAUCACACCAGUAUGCUCCCCCAAACCCUAGAUUGACGCCGCACCAUCUCGACGGACCACCUCCCUAGCGCCGCCGUACCACCUUCUCAGCACUGCCGGACCUCCAGUUGAGACUUGGGAAAAAAAGAUUAGUGAACGUGGGGGUGGGGGUGGAAAUAGAAUCGCCAGGAACAGUAAAGUGUAAAUCGGAAACGAAUUUCGAAGUUCCAACUACAACUUGUUCUGCGUUCUUUCUCAACUAAAUCGAAGUUGUUCUGUUGUGCUUUGGAAUCGGAAUUGUCAAAUAGAAGGUUUUAUGUUCUAAGGUUCACUCAGAGUUGGAGCAUUAGACAUGGAAUUGAACCGUCAAGCUGCCACGAUUGAACCCCGUCAAGCGCACCGCAGUCGAACCCCGCACCAGCAGUAUAAGAGUUCAAAGGCAAACCCAUAUAUAUGAAGACUUCAUUUGCAAACCAUACUUGCACGCCUUGAAAUGGCACUUAUUUGCAAACCAUACUUGUGCGGGUCAACCUUCCACCUGGUGCAGUCACAUAACCCAUGGCUCUUACAUCGCUUGGAUCCAAUGGUGUUACUUGGUUAGAAACAGACCUUUUUACCGUUGGCUUGGGUUUUCUCAUGCUUUCAAUAGUACUUACGCUAACAUUUGAGGAUUUCAGACGUCGUUUAAGGAGUCCAUGGACUGUUGGCGUAGAGUUUCUUGCUCAGUACUUGAUCAAACCUUUGUUGGGAUUCUUCAUUGCAAUGACUCUAAAUGUUGCAACUUAUAUAUCGAAAGGAAAUGUAGCACUUUCUGUUCUCAUGACAACAUGUUCGACUAUUGGAGCUAUUAUCAUGACACCACUGUUGACUAAACUUCUAGCUGGUAUUUUGGUUCUGUUACGCGGUUUCUUUUGUUUGGGGGUUCAUUUUCAUUGUUUCCAGUUUUGAUAAUAUUUCAUUUAUCAUUCAAUUUGGGGGUUCACUAUCAUGGCCUAUCUUAUAUUCUUUAGUGGUUGUGAGUGGAAAAAUACAUUAAUUCAAUGAUGGGGUUUCUAAAAAAUGAACAAAUUAUAGAGAUAAAUGUGUAUUUUAGUUAAAGUAUUAUAUGAAUGAGGAUGCGGAUUCCAUUGUAAAUGUUCUAAUAUA